AUGAGCGGCUUGGAGGUUGUAGGUGUUGUUCUGGGCGCUAUUCCUUUGAUUAUCUCGGCCAUCGAGAAGUACAAGACCACCAGUAAGCGACUGAAGUACGCCCGUCACAAGGAAGCGCUGGUGAAUGACUUGAUCCAGCGCCUACAAGAGCAGCACUACUUCGUCAAGAGAGACCUCACAUUAACCCUGCGACUCAUUCAUUGUAAUGACGGCGAGAUCGAAGACCUGCUCAGCAAUCCAAGUUCUCGAUUGUUCCUCGACACGGAGCUCGCGCUUGAAGUUCAGCAUUGUCUCAAAGAGGGAUUCACUCCUUAUAUUGCAGCUCUAUCCCGUUGCGAGUACAUAUUAAUGAAAUUGGCCCAGGAGAUCAAUGGCUUGGCUUCAAACCAGUCCGCUCUUUCCUCGCUUCUUCAGGCAAAUCCCCCAAAAGAUGGGACGUACGAAUUCACCAGAAGGAUCAAGUUCGCUCUUGCCAGGGAAGAUAUGGAGCGUCAAAUUGCGGGGCUUGAUAACGCAACGACGAAUCUUCAAAGAAUUCGGGACUAUCAGAGGGGGCAGUCGGAGAUAUCUCCACCUUCGAUUUCCAGGGCAGUUACAAAAAUAACAUCCUAUUUCGAGGGGGUUGCCGAGCAUGCGCGUCGUCUUUACUCUGCAAUCGCCAUGGGAUACGUCGGCCAUUGCCAUUCUGAACACGAAGCACAACUGUUUCUUCAACCUAGAACAGAGUUAAUGGAUAAUCCCAGAGCUUUGAAAAAGGCUCCACUUGUGUUUACAGUGGCUUUUGGGUCAGCUAUGCCGGGUAGUUGUCACAAAGCCGAGGUUGAAAUUAUGCAAGAUGAACCCACGUACUGUGAGGACAGACUACCUCUGAAGCAACGAAUGUCUCUAGCCUUGAGUGCUGUGUCAUCCGUUUUGCAACUGAACUUCACCCCAUGGCUUUCCAUUCCGCUGACCAGCGGAGCGGUUUACCUUAUUUCCGAAGACCCUCGGACCGUCCGUCCUUUCAUCAAACAGAAAUUCAUUGCCCAGACCAGUAUGGAGCAACAAUAUAACGUCAGGCGAACGAUGCUGGAGCUGGGAAUACUUCUGCUAGAACUCUGGCACGAACAAACAUUGGCCUCGUUUGCUGCCGAGGCUCAAAUGCCUAUAUAUAACAGCCUGGGAUCUCGUGAAGAGAUGCGUUGA